UUGCACGUUAUAAACCGCCGGUUAGGGAGGAGAUUGUUCGCCAGCAAUCGCUGCAGUUUUGUGCACAUAGUGAAAAGAAAUUUGGCAACUGCCAAUACCAAAACAGAGACCAAGGCGGAAGAGAAGGUCGAGGCAAAGCAUGCCACUGGGAAGAUCGUGGCCGUCAUCGGUGCCGUGGUGGACGUUCAUUUUGAGGGCGAUUUACCUCCAAUCCUAAAUGCGUUGGAGGUUCAGGGCAGGAAGUCGCGGCUUGUGCUAGAGGUGGCACAGCACCUUGGUGAGAGCGUCGUGCGAACAAUUGCCAUGGAUGGCACCGAGGGUUUGGUUCGUGGACAAGGUGUCGUGGACACCGGCUAUCCAAUUCGAAUCCCGGUUGGACUAGCCACAUUGGGAAGGAUCAUGAACGUCAUCGGUGAGCCGAUCGACGAGCGUGGCCCCAUAAAUACGAAAAGACUGUCGGCCAUUCAUCAAGAGGCUCCAACCUUUGUUGAAAUGAGUGUUACUCAGGAAAUUCUUGUAACCGGCAUAAAGGUGGUCGAUUUACUUGCUCCGUAUGCGAAAGGCGGCAAGAUCGGACUGUUUGGCGGCGCUGGCGUUGGCAAGACCGUGUUGAUUAUGGAACUUAUUAAUAACGUUGCCAAAGCUCACGGUGGAUAUUCAGUGUUCGCUGGUGUUGGAGAGAGAACUCGCGAAGGCAAUGAUUUGUAUCAUGAAAUGAUCGAAUCUAAAGUCAUCGACUUAAAAGGGGACAAAUCGAAGGUUGCAUUGGUAUAUGGUCAGAUGAAUGAACCUCCAGGAGCGCGUGCUCGAGUGGCUUUGACCGGUCUCACAGUGGCUGAAUAUUUCAGAGAUAUUGAGGGGCAAGAUGUGCUGUUGUUUAUUGACAACAUUUUCCGUUUCACUCAAGCAGGCUCUGAAGUAUCGGCUUUGCUUGGGCGUAUUCCGUCCGCCGUGGGAUAUCAGCCGACCCUUGCUACUGAUAUGGGCACUAUGCAAGAAAGAAUCACCACAACAAAGAAGGGUUCCAUCACAUCAGUGCAGGCUAUCUAUGUCCCUGCCGACGAUCUGACUGACCCGGCUCCGGCGACUACGUUUGCGCAUCUUGAUGCUACAACUGUUCUUAGUCGAGGCAUUGCCGAACUGGGUAUAUACCCGGCUGUCGAUCCUUUGGAUUCCACAUCUCGAAUCAUGGAUCCGAACGUGGUAGGCGCAGAACACUACGCGGUUGCCAGAGGCGUGCAGAAGAUCUUGCAGGAUUACAAAUCUUUGCAAGAUAUAAUUGCCAUUUUGGGAAUGGACGAACUCUCUGAAGAUGAUAAGCUGACAGUUGCUCGAGCGCGAAAGAUCCAGCGGUUUUUGUCUCAACCUUUCCAAGUUGCAGAGGUGUUUACCGGAUCACCGGGAAAGUUCGUUCCCCUAGCGGAUACGAUUAAAGGAUUUAAGAUGAUCCUCGAUGGUGAAUUAGAUCAUUUACCGGAAGUAGCGUUUUACAUGGUGGGAAAUAUUGAUGAGGUAGUCCAGAAAGCAUCUAGGUUAGCCCAAGAACAGAAGCAAUGA